AUGUCAACAAAUGCGAAAAUAUUUUUUGCUUCAUCUGUUCUAAUAACAUCGGCCGUUAUUUAUUAUGUUCAUUAUUCAAUUGAAGAAGAACGACAACGUAAACGUGUAAAUAUAAUCCGAGAUAUUGAAUCAAAAGAGAAGGAACAACAACGUCGUGUGAACAUGUUUGAAUAUGAACAACAAUUAAAAUUACAAGAACAAUUAAUUGAACGAGAUAAACAAGAGUUUCAUUAA